AUGGAUCAGCCUUUUUUUUGCAACGUGUAUGAAGGGUAUCUGCUUUUCAAAGCUGAUCCUCUGCCAGGACAGAGGAUGACAUGGGACCCGGUAGAACGCACUCGGAUGCAUCUUACUCAGGCUGACUUCUACCGCAUGAUCUACGAGCGAGCUUUCGAGAUUUCUGCGGCGAAUCAGUAUCAGGCUCUGCCGACGGAGCUACGGGUUCAUGUGGAUAAGCUGAUUCAUGAGCGACGAAGACAAGACGCCUCGGUCGAAUGGAGCUGUACCUACGCAGAAGAGCACAGAAGGGUCACUGCGGAUCGCGAUGCUCUGGAUCGUGGACCUGGUAUUGUUGCGAUGACUAUCAUCCUCAUGCGACGACCAUGGGCUCCGAGGGGCUACCGGAGAACCCCAAUGGGUGAUCUGGUUGACAUGAGCAUGCCCCUAUGCUCCAAUGGACGGGAGCAAGACGUGAAAAUUGCAACGGUACCUGAUUUCCCAGCAGGACAUACCCAUCCUCACGACCUGGCUAUGCGCAAUUCAUACCCACCCUCCAGAGCACAACCGGCGCAAGAGCGGCCGGGCAACGAGCGAGCGAGCAUGGCUUGUUUGCUACAAGCGCUCUCCGGGCAUCAUCAGCCAAGGGCCAUAAAACGCUAUGGUCUUCCCGGCAGCCGAAGUGCGCGAGCGGAUGCGAAACUGGAUGGCGAAGACGAAGACGACGUACAAAAGACUGGCUGUCAAGACAGGGGUGGUGAAUAUGGAAGGUCGCAGAAUGUAUGCACCUCAGCCCGGAUUGCUCACGAUACGGCAGACUGCGGCAUUGACAUUGCUGAUGGAAUACAUGCAAUGCAUAAGCAAUCCGUGAAAAAUGCCCAUCAUUUGGUUGGAUUGCGGGCUCCUAGGGACUACAGGAUCUCAAGACGGAUGAAAAGUGGGCGGCGAGGAAAUCAGAGGCGGGAUCGGAAAUGGAUCCGAGCCCGCCAGAAUGCUCGCAAUGCACGUCUUUGCCGGUCGCAGAAUGUACCGAAGGACGCGACUCAGGGCCAAACCAGGAAUGCACAACGCUACCGCCGCUAUUCAUGUUAA